AUGCGCAAGUUCAUGGACCAGUACGAGGCGUACGCCCGCGAAGUCAACAUCGUGAAGGCACAGCGCACGGGUGGUGCCCAGCGCAUCGCAUUCUGGGGGAUCGGGAAGGCCAGCCACGAGCUGACGGAGGAGGACUGGAAGGUUUUCUUCCUUGGCGCCAAGGACUGCCAUCCUGUGGACACGUUCAAGUUGGACGCCGCGAUAGUCAAGCUUAAGAUGGAUACGACCGUGCAGUCGGCGGAGUCCCGGGUGUCAAACUUGGUCUCGGAUUUCGAGGCGGUCCUCGUGCGCCUCUCAAUGGAGGGGUUCGCGGAGGCCGAACCAAAACGAUCUGUCGACUAUCUCGUCGCGGCUAACCGCGGCCUCAAGGAGGACGCACCCGAUUUCAAGCACUGGCUGGCGGACUACAUGCGCCGCUACGAUGAGGUCGAUCCUCUGAUGGCAGCUGCGGGCAUUGCCGCGGCAAAGGCCGACAAGUUGCCCUCAUCGAUCAAGACCCCCAAUGCUGGGAAGGCCCCCAAGGUCGUGGUCAUCGUCAACGUCGACAAGGUCCCGAAGUCGAACUUCACGAAGCGUGCGUGUUUCAAGUGCCGGUCGCUGACCCAGACUCGCGGCAUUCAAAUCGCUUCGUCCAAUCCAUCAAUGCUCGAAGAGGAUUCCUUCGUUGCAGUCUUUCGCCUGCCAUCUCGGGACAUACGGUCUAUGGACCACCCUUCCCCCUUUCACUUGAGGGUACAACAAGCAGCCACGGAGGAAUUCACUGUCCCUGUCGACCAAGUGCUCGACGUAGAACAAGCGUCGGACCGUAGACACCAACGCUGCAUGUCUGCGAUGUCCGGCGCUGCCGCAGUGGCCGACGACCGUGAUCCGUUGGAUCAGGUCAUCUGCCGCACUCCGAAUCAAUGA